UCAGAGCCUUCACUCUCUGUUAUGGCCGCACUAGCUCCGAGCGGCCCACAAAAUGCUGAAGCCGGACGGGCAUAUAUAAGUGGGUCCCGUUCAUGGCGUAUUGAUCAGGGUUUCUCGUCGGAAUGAGGUUUGUCUGCUUCCUCUCCGUCAUGUCCGUCUUUCCCGUCUUGAUCACCGGUGCGCCCGUCGGAUUUGGGCGUGUAAUUCCGGUCUAUGUCUUUCAUGGCGCAGCCCAAAGUCCAGCAUACAGGACUGCAGCCGGUAACCCUGUCGUCCAAACUCCUGAUGUCCUCGCCAUCAAUGCCGGGGAUUUUAACGGGCCAUCGCUCGAAAGUAUAGUCAGGAGUGUUAAGCCAGUCCGAUACUUGACAAACGCGUAUACCGAGGUCACCGUUUACGUCCAACAACUCGUCAACACCGCCGACUAGGUCUUGCAUGGGAGGUGUACUUCUAGUGAUUCUGGAUAUUUCAUCAAAGUGCAUGUAUAGAUUAUCGUGUUGUCAUUCUUUUAUCCCGUCCAGUCGUUAGUACCCGAUACCCGUCGUUGUCUUUUGCAUACCGAAACAUGACCAGAACCUGCGUUGGAUCUAAAGUGCUUUUAAAAUACAUG